GAAAGUAUGGAGUCCAGCAGCCUGUUUACAGUAGCUUGAUAAUAAGUGUUUCUCUUUGUACAGCUUCUACAAUAAUUCUGCCUUGCCUGUCCCACCUGAGGUAAUUGGGGGUCCUGGACUACACUUCAUCGAGUACAUCUUGAAGGAUAUACUCCUUCUCUUUAGUCUAAUCUGCAUCACAUCGGGCAGCUGAGAGCUCAUCACUCUGUGUUCAGUUUGAAAUGGACCCCAUUCAUCUGGCCAAUCAGUUGCGAAAAGAAGGAAACCAAGAAUUUAAAGCAAAACAGUAUAUUUCUGCAAUCAAAAAGUACAAUGCUGCCUUAGCCAUCUACUAUGAACUGUGUGAUCUUUACAGGAAUCCAAAGGAUGUUGCCAUAUUGUUCUGCAACAAAGCUCUUUGUCUGUUUAAGCUUCAGAAAUGGUCUGAUGCUUAUUCAUCAGCAGAUCAGGCACUAAGGUUUGAUCCCACGUUCAUUAAGGCUUACUACUGGGCAGGUUGUUCUUUGAUUGAAAUGAUGGCAGUCGACCAAGCACUGUUGGUGUUCUUGUCAGGCGUGAAGUUAGCCUCAAGUAAUGCCUCUCAGGAUCUAAUUGCAGAACUUGUGGUUAGCAUCAUGACAAUAAUUAACAAGCACCCUGUCUUUGGUACUGAUGUGUAUUUUGAUGAAAUUUUUAAGAAGAGAUUCAGCACUGAUGUCUGGAGAAUGGUGUUUGAAAAAUUGGCCUACAAGGAUUUGUGGAGGAUCCUGCACUAUCUGAUUGUUUAUAGAAAGAAGCAAUUGCCAGUAGAGCUCAGCACGUCUCAUGUUUCUCUAAAGCGACUAUUUGAGAGCACCAUGGGGACUCUCCAGAUAUUUUUCUUUUUGCAGGAUAAUGUCAGCAGGUACAGUUCUCAAAUUGACUGGAUAUCAUCAUUAAGUAAGUGGCUCAUAAAGCAUGGAACCAGAGUUGACACCAUUGGAUCCUUCCCCCUUCAUGCUCUUAUGACAUUGUCCACCAAAACCAAUCUGCAUACAAAGGAAAAUGACUUGAUUAUGUGGUUGCUCUCCAAUGAUACAUCUUUGAGGGAGAGAAUCAAUGAAAGGAAUGAAGAUGGAUAUACAUUACUUCACAUUGUGGCAAAAGCCUACACCAGUAAUAAGGGCUAUUCACGCAAGCAACAGACUGCCCAUGUAGCAAUGCUGCUUGCAUUGGGGAUUGAUCCAAGCAUCACAGAUGGUCAGAAUAGACUUGCAGUUGAUUAUCUAAAGAAAAAUAAAAAUUUUCAAGCAGCAGAGGAAAUAAGGAGAAUAGCUCCUAUACCUACUAAUCAAGAUUCAGCUGUGGCCUGUGGUGCUUAUGAAGACUCACCUAACACUACAGAGAAUUUAACAUUCGAAGAGGUGGUGUCCAACUUUGUUCAGUUCUGCUCUCAAAGCAACAGGAGAUACCUCCCAAAUCUGUUUGAGCAACCUGAAGUGCUAACACUUCUUCAGCACCUGUCCAUAUGCUCAGAAAUCCCUCCUGGGCUUCUCUGCAUUGCUGACAGCACCUUCCAGACCACUCUGGUCAAAUGGUGUCUGGAAAGAGGGCAGUGGGCUGAAAGUCUGCUGCUUCUGACAGGACACAAGAACGAGAAAGUGCAGAGCAAGAAGAACGGACUUUUUCCUGACUGCGAUCUUUCAGAUGUGAACCUUAGUGACCUCAUCCCUCAUAUGUUUAAGACGAAUAACCUGCGGCUAAGACUUGUGUCAUCACUCAUUGAGAAAGGAGCAUGUCCUGAUGGCCUUGGACCUGUGACAGAACCACCUGUGACCUUGUGUCUGAAGAGCGAGGACUAUGAGUUGGCUUACCACCUAUUGAAGGAAGGAGCAGGUCCCCAUGCUUUCUCUAUAAGCUCUGGAGACACACCUCUUCAUGUAGCUCUUCAAAUUAUUCUUGGCAAAAAAGAUGAGUUUGGCUUACACAUCUUGAAGUACCUCCUCCAGUUGUUUGAAUCAAACCCUCAGACAUAUGACUACUUGGAUCCAAAUUUACAGGAUGAGAAUGGCAACACCCUGCUUCAUAUCAUCUUUGCCUCCAGCUCACGACACUUGGAAGAAAUUAUGGAUAUGCUGGCCAAAUUUGAAAUAAAUACCAAAGUGAAAAAUAAGCAAGAUAAGGAGGCUACAUUUAAAGUCAGUGGGAAAGACCAAAGACUUAUAUAUUGGAAUAAGGCUCUGAGCAACCGAAAACGACAAGAGCCCAGGAUAAGAAUUCAGCGCCUUAAGGUGAGCCGAGGUGUAACAGGAACCAAAAUGCUCAAGAUGAAAAGUGUAGCUGAAAUGGACAGUUGCACAAAGGAAAUGGGAAGCCUCCAGUUAGCGCACUGCAAAAACGCCAGCUCCUCUGUGCCUUUUUUUGAAUGUCUUGUCUCUGAAAUAAAAAAACUUAUAACAUGCCAACAUGCACAGUUGGUGACUAGUCCAGCCACUCUAGAAGCAUCGGGUUCAGUAACUAACAUACACAAAGAAUUAUGUAAUGUCAGCGAUACAGCAAAGCAAUACAAAGUCAUGGACCCUGAGAGUACUACAAAUGAGUGCCUCAAAUCUGCUGAGCAGGAUGUUCCAGAAGAUGCUCCAGAGGCAGAAGCGUCAUUAGAUGUGCUAAGGGAAAAUUGGCUUCAGGGGCUGGACUUUGACAACAUGACAUGGGAAAUUGAGUGUACCACAGACGUCUUGAAAAAACUUGCCAGUAAGGAUGUCUCCUUGCAGAUGAAAGCAAAAAUAGUCCAAGUGAUUCAGCAGCUUGGAAAUGGGGAAUGGACUCGCAGCCUGCAGAAGAGGUUGAAACAUCUAGACAGUGAAAUCAGACUCUAUGAAGCUAAACUGGAUAAAGGUGCACGAAUGUUGUGGGAACUUGCAAUUGACUUCUCUCCUCGCUGUAGUGAAAAUCCUGAGAAGAUCAUUGAAAGUGUGCAGCUAUUGAGUCAGAGCACUCAGAGAACAACAGGCAGGGUGUACAGUGAGAUGAUACGAGUGUGGGACAUUAUACUAGACCAUGGAAAGCUGGACCAUAGCAUUGAAAAUAUUUGCCAUGCCUUCAAUCGUGGGAUGAUGUGCAUCCUGAGAAAGAAACUGAAGGGUCUAAACCGUGCCAAGAUUUCCUCAAGCUGCAAUGUAGAGAAGCGAAUUCCACUUUGCUACAUAGAAUAUAUUGACAGUCAGAAUACAGAAGAGGGAGAAGCUACAGAGUACUUUCCUCCUGCCAGUGCUGUGGAAACAGAAUACAACAUAAUGAAGUUCCAUAGCUUUAGCACCAACAUGGCUUACAACAUCAUCAGCAACAUGGACAUCAAAGUAGAAUAUCCUUUCCGAGUUGGAGAGCUGGAGUAUGCUAUAAUUGAUUUAAAUCCUAGUCCUCUGGAAGCCAUCAUCCUAAUUGGUAGAAGUGGAACAGGAAAAACCACAUGUUGUCUUUACAGGCUGUGGAAACAAUUUCAAAAAUAUUGGCUCAUUGCAGAGAAAAUAAAUGGACCUUGGUUUACUAAACCUGUGAGAAAGAGGGAUAAUUUCAAGCAAGAUGAUGAUGAAGAUGCUGAUCUGUUAUUUUCAGAGUGCUCUUCAAAUGAUGAUUCUGACUUGACUGAAAAUGAAGAAGAUAAUUCUAAAUUGAGUGCACACUGUGAGCAAAGCAUGGGAGCUUCCCAUCAGGAAGACAAAAGCAUUGCGGAAGCUGAUACAGACAAUGUUCAGGAGCAACUGGAGCAUCUGCAUCAGAUUUUUGUGACCAAAAAUCAUGUUCUCUGCAAAGAAGUGCAAAGAAACUUUGUAGAGUUGACUAAAUCCAACAAAGCCACCAGCCAUUUUAGGACACUGGAGCCCAACAUUCAUCAGCUGCAGGAUAUCCAAGAUGAACAUUACCCACUUUUUGUCACGUCUCAGCAGUUGCUGCUGCUUCUUGAUGCCUCAAUGCCUGAACCUUUUUUUCCAAGGAAUCCAGAUGGCAGCAUAAGGAGAAGCAUUGUUGGUUGGUCUGCUGUGGAUGAGAACAUGAUUCAAGAACUUGAAGAUGAUGAUGAAGAAGGAGAAUUUGAAGAGGACUUGGAUGAAGAAGAGAGCAUUGUCGACAUUCAGCUUAAAGAAGCUGAUCCGCGUGUGUUUGUGACUUAUGAGGUGUUUAGUUCUGAAAUGUGGCCAAAAAUGAUCAAGGGUAGAUCUUUUUCUAACCCAGCCUUGGUCUGGAAGGAAAUCAAGUCCUUCCUCAGAGGAUCUUUUGAGGCCUUCAGUAGCCCUGAUGGGUUUCUUUCCAAAGAACAAUACUACAACCUGGGCAGGAAGAGGGCUCCUAAUUUUCAAGAGGAUCGCAGUGAAAUUUAUAGCCUUUUUCAAAUCUAUCAGCAGAUCAAACGGCAGCGAGGCUACUUUGAUGAAGAAGACAUUCUUUUUAAUCUGUCUCAAAGACUUUCCAAGCUUGAUGAAAUUCCUUGGUCCAUUCAUGAACUUUAUGGGGACGAAAUCCAGGAUUUCACCCAGGCUGAACUUAUGCUUUUGAUGAAGUUUAUCAAUGAUCCCAAUGCAAUGUUUCUGACAGGUGACACAGCCCAGAGCAUUAUGAAGGGGGUGGCUUUCCGUUUCAGUGACCUUCACUCUUUGUUCUACUAUGCCAACAAGAGUAGCAUGAACAGAAGGAAGCAACAAAGAAACACAAAGCAGGAGCAGUUUAUUGUUAGAAAGCCCAAGCGGAUCUACCAGCUAUACCAGAAUUACCGAUCACACUCAGGAAUUCUGAACAUGGCAUCAGGUGUGGUAGAUCUGUUGCAGCACUUCUUUCCUGAGUCAUUUGAUCGAUUGCCGAGAGACUGUGGUCUUUUUGAUGGACCCAAGCCUACCUUGAUGGAGUCUUGUAGUGUCAGUGACUUGGCAAUUCUGCUCAGAGGGAACAAAAGGAAGUCACAACCUAUAGAGUUUGGAGCUCAUCAGGUGAUCCUUGUUGCAAAUGAAGCUGCCAAAGAGGCAAUCCCCGAAGAGCUCAGCUUGGCUCUUGUCCUUACAAUUUAUGAGGCAAAGGGUCUGGAAUUUGAUGAUGUCCUGCUUUACAACUUUUUCACAGAUUCUGAGGCAGGAAAAGAAUGGAGAGUCAUCUCAACCUUCAGUCCUUCAAGGCCACCAGAUACUCAGGCUUGCUGCCUUGGUGAACUUCCCAUGGAAGGGCUGAGUGUUUCACAGAAUAGGCCUAUAGAUUUCAAUCCUGAUCUGCAGAAGAUGCUGAAUGGGGAGUUGAAGCAACUCUACACGGCUAUCACCAGAGCUCGAGUGAACUUGUGGCUGUUUGAUGAAAAUCUUGAAAAGCGAGGCCCUGCAUUUGAAUUCUUUGUUAAGGAAGGAUAUGUACAAGUUGUCACGACAGAUGAAGACUUGGAGCUUGAUGACAGCAUGUUUAUUAAAUCCUCCACACAGCAGGAGUGGAUUGGUAGAGGAGACUAUUUUGCAAAGCACCACUGUUGGACAGUUGCUGCAAAAUGUUAUCAGAAAGGAGGUGACAAGAACAAGGAGAAGCUAGCAUUGGCCAAUGAUUCUGUUCUCAAUUUGAGAUCCAAAAAAGUAACUCCAAGGGAGUUGCAACUGGAAUACCUGCAGCUUUCCAAAAUAUACCUUGAAUGUAAUGCCCCAAAGUUGUCAAUGAAAUGCCUGAAAAAUGCAAAGGAGUAUGAUCUGUGUGGCCAACUGUGUGAGAGAUUAGGAAAGUUCAAGGAUGCAGCAGCUAGCUACAUAAAAGCACGGAGGUACAAACAUGCUGUGAAAUGUUAUGAACUGGACAAUGAAUAUGAUUUGGCCUUGAAGGCGUAUUGCAGUGCUGAGCUAUUUGAAGAAGCAGCAGAGGCAUUGGAAAGAUACAACCAGAAACUUCAAAUUAAGCUGCCGUAUGAAAAAGACAAUUUCUUUCUGCAAGCUGCAGCUAAAUAUCACAAGGAGAAAAGACAUGUGGAAAUGCAGAAGUCCUUGUCUAACCUCCCUUCAGAAGAACAACUGAUCUUCUUUAAAAGAUAUGGCUAUGUUAAAGAGGCAGCAAAUGUUCUUAAGAGCCAAGGACGAGGGGAAGAGGCAGCAGAAUUAAUGCGUGAACAUGGUGAUCUAAUUACAGCAGCUGAACUAACUGCCAGGCAAGACUUUAGAGCUGAAUGUUUGCUAGCUGAAGCUCGAAGGGGCUAUUCUGUUUUGCAAAAGAGUACUAGUACUAAUGACUUGGAGGUGAAUCAUAUAAUACAGGUUUUAAAACAGGCCAACCAGCUUUUCAAGGAAAUGAAGCAAGUUAGUGGUUCUGCUGAGGUCCUGCUCCUGAGAGGGUUAAUAAAUAAAGAUGCAAAUGACAUCAGAAAAGCAUGCAUACACUUUGUAAAGGAAGGCCACAAUGCAGGAGCAGUAGAAGCUCUUCAUAUGCUGCUCUGCUAUCCUCUUGACGGCGUCUCUAAUUUACUGCAAUAUCUGAAAUGUUUUGAGAUGUUGAUUCAGUUGGCUAAAGCUGUGGAGAACCCUCAAACCAAUGGGGACAAAGAAAUUGUCAAGUCUUGUUAUGAAUUUUAUGGAAUUAUGCAGAUGGAUGACACUCAAUGUCUGAUACCCAAAAAAGAGGCUGGAAGGGUCCUUAAUUUCAUGUUUGACUAUGGCCCAGGUCUUCAGAAAAACUUAAUUGCUGAUGAUACUGCCUAUAGGGUGCAGAAUAGAGACUUAAAAGUAGUGAUCAUGCGGCAUCUUUUAGGAAAGCUAUCUGAUUUUGCAGAGACAAUCAAAUCUCUUUGUGAAGACAUUCCACAAAUUUGCACCAAGUACAUAUGUGGCUUUGAUUGUCAGUAUGAACAAUGCAUUGAUUUUCAUAAAGCCCCCCAAAGGCAUGAGCUAAAAUCUUCCAUUCAUGCAAAGGUAUAUCUCAUAGCCCUAAAUGGAAUGCUAUUAGCUGCCAGGGAGCUAUUUGAUAGACAGAUAUUUAGCGAAGUAGAUAACAUUGAGAACAACAUCACCAAAAAUGCAUUUGCCAUGGUUCAGUCUCUUUUCAGGACAGUCUUCCCAAAGCAUUUUCACCUCAGAGCUCUGUCAGACAGUAAUAGAGCUACAGAGGAAAUCCUUUGUUUAGCAAGAAAAAUACCCUUUAGGUGUUAUGCAAGUACUAUUAAGGAUUAUGUUAACCAGCGCAUUCAAGAGGAAAAGGCUGUUUUCCAGAGAGAAUCCACUGAUCUCUGGUUGGAGAUUUUUCAGGUUCUCCUUCUCACUUCAGGUUAUCCUAGAGAAAUGGAUAAUUUGCUUACAAAGAUAGAAAAACAAUACCAAAAUGAUGUAAGUAAGGCGGCAAGUACAAACACUAAAACAGUUGCAGGCUUUCAUGGCAUGCUACCAAUUGAAAAAGGCAGCAAGGAAUGCAUUAGCUUCUUCAGGCUCUUCCUGGUUUCCAUGAGAGAUCUCUAUCAAAAUAAAGAUCCCCUGAAAUGUGUUCACAGUUUUUAUCGGUUCAUGAAUGUUAUUGUAAAGAAGAACAGACGCAACAUGAUUCCAGACAUUGGCAACACAGUCAUGCUGAUUGAAUUUCAGUUUGUUUUGACCUGCUUUCUUCUCAUGCGCAUAAGUGGGAAUUUAUCCAUGAGCUUGCCAAAGAGCUACCUAGCACUACUAAACCUCUGGGAUUUCCUGUUAAAGGGAUCUAGUUCUUCAGUCAUAUCUCACUGGUACAAGCCAAAGGAGCGGUACAAACUGAGGCGCCACCUUGAGUACCUCAUCGGAGUAAUGUGUGGUCAUGUAAACUCAGACUUCAAUGUUUUGCUUGAUGCCUCCAGUAAUUCUAGCUUCAUAGUUUCAGGAGAAACUGAAAGGACAGUGGUCUUGUGCUUGGUGAUGCUUAUCAAUUGUAUCCAGAUAACCAGUCCCAAGUUUGCAUUCUUCAUACGAAGCAACCUCAUUAAAGUGGCAGACAUGCUGAAGAAAGUUCUAAAAAAAGAGAAAUGCCAAGUUCCUAUAAGGCUAGUGGCCACCGUUGAUGAGGUAAACAAUGCUAAAAGUAUGUGUGAUGUUAUUGAAAGCCUUCAAGUUUUGUUGAUCCAAAGAGAUGAAGAGUAUCUACUAGACUGCACUUGGGAUGAUUCUAAGAGACAAAUGUUCUUCAGAAAUGCCAAUUUGUCUAGAUGCCAAUAUAUACUGGAGCCAAUUCAGGCAAUCUCUUUGGUUCUGGAGGAUUAUGACGAUACUUUAGACAAGGAGGAUUUGGAAGAGGAGGUUGACCCCAACAUCCAGUCUUUGAAAAAUCAACUGUGUAUCCAGAACAAGUGGAGAAAGGCUAUUUGGAAGUGCAUUUUGUUGGUCCGAUGGAUGGCGUUAGUGUUGCCUAAGCCCCAGUCUAGGGAAAGUGCCCGGUUUGUCUCUAGCAAUUUUCCAGAAGCAAACAUUGACAGAACCCAGUGUGAUCUGUGUGGUGUGAAAUUCUGGACCAACACAUCUGAAGGACAGUUAAGGGAUGUUCUACCUCAUGAAGGAACUUCAAUAAUACAUGAUUCUGAUGAUUUGUGGGAAGAAGGGGAGCCUGCGGGACAAAAAGGCUUAAAAAGGCUUAAAAAGGAUUAUCGAAGCCAUGUGUUGAGCCAAGAACAUAAACAUAAAUUCCAGGACUAUGAGAAUUAUGAACUUUAUUUUUCAGAGCAUUUUGAUUCAUUGAUUACCAGUUCCAAAAAGAUUCUCCAGGAACUGAAGGACUGUAAGGUCUUACAUCUUCCAAGCAAAGAGCAGACUGAAGGAAAGUUGGAGGACUGUAUUCAAAAAAUUACAUCUGUUGUUAAGGAUAUACACAAAAGAAAAGAUUGGGCUUCAGGCAUUUCUGAGGUAAAGAAAGCUGCUGAUGAUUUGCAGAAGAGUCUAGAUGGGGCGCAAAAGAUUUUGAACAUUUCAAAGGGUAACACAUACAACUAUUGUGAAGAAAAGAAGAGCUUGCAGAGUGGAGACACAGAAGAGGAGCUAGCGCAGGAACAUGAGGACUUUGAUGAAUUAUCCAGGAAAAGCAGAAAGAAAAGCAAAAAGGGAAGGAAAGGGAAAGGCUAAAGGUGUUGUGUGAAGUGGGCAUGCACAACGCAGUCAGAAGAAGAAAGAUACUCCCGUUUAUUUCAACUGCUAAUGUCUCACAAUUUUGAUUGUUCUAUAUGUCCUGCUUUUUCCAUGUUCCUUGUGACAUUUACUGUAAUUUUGCUUCCUUAUUUAGACUUUUGCCUAAAAUUCAAAGCACAGUUGUUUUUCUGGAAAUCCAUUGCCAGCUAAUUUGACACUUUUUAUGUGUUGUAGCUGUACCUUGUUUGUGUUCAAGUUGUUGCGAAUUUUAUUCCGUACAGCUCAAUUAUACAAUAAUAAAACAUUUUUAUAAUCUUUUCAGUCA